AUGAACACAAAACUAUUUGUAGUGUCUCAAAUUCCAAACAUUGGCAAUUUGUUACGAAAUGAAAUUAUCAAAAGAGCACCUGAAUCAAACGGCCGACUAGAAAGUGUUGAAGUGGUCGUUGUCAAAUUGCAACAAAAAGGAAAUGAAAUAUCAUUCUCGAGAAACUUAACUUUGACCCAUGAAGACUUUAAACAACUUAAAAGUGCUGAAAUCUUACUAGUAGACAACAACUUGCUUCCUUCUGUCAUCAAAGCUAUUGACAAUGAAGCGUAUCGUCCUUUGCUUGGCUCUCUAAAAUGGAUUCAAACUUCCUGGGCUGGUGUUUCCGAAAUUUUCCAGGACAACAUUCCUGAUGUUGUGAAGAAAAACUCAUUAACGUUAACCCGAUUUAGCGGUCCAUCUUUUGGUCAAGCAAUGACCGAGUAUGUUCUAGGACAAAUACUCAACUAUGAACGCAGUUUUUACUAUCUCUAUUCAUCGACAACAAUACAAAAACAAUGUUUUCAGGUUUCAAAAAAGCUUGCCGGCAUGGGCAUGAAAAUGAGUGCCUUCGGUCGCAGCGAACGCUCAGAGGAAGAAAUUAAACAAUUCGGCUUUGAAAAAUACUCUACAAAUUUGCAAGAAUUACUGCCUCAUGCUGACUACAUCAUCAGCAUAAUGCCCGCGACUCCCUUUACUACUGACCUUCUUGGUAACGACAUUCUAAGCAUCUGUCAGAAUAAGAAACCCGUUUUGAUUAAUGUCGGUCGAGGAAAUUUGAUCAGUGAAGAGGACAUUAUCAAGGCACUGGAUCAGGGCUGGAUUCGUUAUGCUAUUUUGGACGUUUUUCGAACCGAGCCUCUGCCUUCCACCUCGCCGUUGUGGACUCGAGAGGAUGUGCUCAUCACACCACACGUCUCUGCAACAACUCGAGGCUGUGAUGUAGUGAAACUUUUUGUGGAAAAUUAUCUCCACUACGUAGAUCGAAAACCGCUCCAAUACGUAAUCAAUUUUGAUGAAGGUUACUAG